GUAAUGAAAAAUAGAUGUGGUUUUAUGAUUUCUCCAAAGUUCUGUAAAGUUGGUUAUUAGAACUUAUAAAGUGGAGGAGGUGCUAGGACCUAAAGGAAUUUAGGCAGUUUAAGCCCAAGGCUGGAUGAGACAUGAAUGGGUGUGGUUCAGUCUAAGCAAAAACAGAUGAACUAGUUUUUCUACAUAUGCAACUCAGACUCCAUUACAGCUUUUGUCUCUGCUGGGAAACUUCUGUGACUUUCUUCUUACUCUGCCGGAAUGUUUCUUGCAAAGGCACUCCUGGAAGGGGCAGAGAAAGGGGGUCUUGGAGAAGCAAUUGGAGGCCUCUUUGGUGGAGGAGGGCAAAAAAGAGGAGGAAAUAUUGGAGGGAUUGUUGGGGGAAUUGUAAACUUCAUCAGUGAGGCUGCAGCAGCUAAUUAUACACCAGAACCACCGCCUUCUUACCAGCACUUUUCAAAUGUUGAAGCCAGUGAAAGUGAGGAAGUUAGGCAAUUUCGUCGUGUCUUUUAUCGACUGGCUGGAGAUGACAUGGAAGUAAGUGCUACUGACCUGAUGAAUAUUCUCAACAAGAUUAUUUCCAAGCACAGAGAACUGAAUUCUGAAGGCUUUAGCCUUGAUACUUGCCGGAGCAUUGUAGCUGUCAUGGACAGUGAUGCUACAGGAAAACUAGGAUUUGAGGAAUUUAAGUACCUGUGGAACAACAUCAAGAAAUGGCAGUGUGUUUACAAGCAGUAUAAUACCAACCAUUCUACUUCUCUUGAGGCAACACAAGUGAAGGGAGCUAUUCAGGCAGCAGGCUUCAAGCUCAAUGACCAACUUUACCAGUUGAUAACCCAUAGAUAUACUGAAGAAGAUGGAAGCAUAGAUUUUAACAACUUCAUUAGCUGCCUGGUUCGUCUAGAUGCCAUGUUUCGUGCUUUCAAGUCACUAGAUGGAGAUCGAGAUGGACAAGUUCAAGUAAAUAUUCUAGAAUGGCUGGAACUGACUAUGUAUUCCUGAAGCAAAUGCUGGAAAGACACAGUCCUGCCUCGAGGAUAGGACUGCUCUAAGCCUAGGUGUGUCUGUCCGGGAUGGGGCGUUAUAACUGUUAUAUAUCCCCUCUGCAGUUUCUGAAAUCUUAUGCAGGUUUUUGUUGCUUCAUUAAAGCAGAUUUUAUUGCAAAAUAUAUUGAGUAGUUUGUAUAUUACCUAUAUAAUAAAUGUUUUGAAAUUGUAUGUAUAUGAUUUUGUAGGUAAAAAACUAAAUACAAAAAUCUUGAAAGGAAUAGACUUUUAAAAAUUUAUAUAAUAUCCUGUUCUCAACUGGGAAUUAUUUAGCAAAUUAAUUCUUCACAGUAGAAAAUGUUUACUAAGAGUAAAAAACAAUCCUGGAAUAAAUUAAUGAAAUAGCCAGUGUUCUUCUCUUCUUACUCAUUUCCCCCUCACUUUAGAAAUAAAAAGUUAUAUAUUUUUUGCUUUUGACUUUGUAUUUGGUGGUUUUACUAUAUUAUAAAAAUUUUCUAAGAAAUGAGAACAGUGAGCUAGUGUUUCAAAUUGUACAAUAAUUUAAGAGUCUCAAACAUAAGGAUAAGCUAUCAUAUAUGGAGAGUCUAUUUCAUUUUAGUAGGUCUCAUUCUUUACCUUUAGUCUCAAGCAGAGCAAAUGUGAAGAGGUUCUUUAGUUGUUCGGUUUAUUCUCUGAGAGGUUGGGAAGAACAAGGACUAAAAGGGUGUAUCUUUGGUUCAGAAUGUCCUUGGCUGCCUUAAUGAAUCAAAAGAAUCACUCUUACAAGCUGUUCUUGCAAAAUCAGGCUUGCCUAAGUUGAUGUUAGCCAGCUCCUGUCAUGUCUUGCCUUGCCUUGGAGCAAGGAAAAUUCUUUUGUUCUUCUUCACAAACUUGAAGGCAGAAUUGUAAGUUGAAUGGAAUGUAAAGCAAUGUUGGAAAUAAAUCUAGGGCUUUCGUGUAAAGCUCCCUUGUGAUAAUGCCCUAUGUAUCAUAGCAGAGACAGAGUCCAAGCUGGAAGAGAAUAGAAUGAGCCUGCUUUUCCAUUUUCCAAAAGAAUGGUAGAAUUGACACUGCAGGAUUCCUGAGGAGGGAAGUGAUAAAAAAAAAAAAAAAUCACCUCAGAAUGCCUUUUUUCAUGAAACAACAACAUAAUAAGUUAACAUUUAUUAUAUGUUGUAUUUAGCAUAAUACUAGGCACUAUGCUAAGCAUUUCACAAUUAUUAUUUCAUUUGAUCCUUACAACAAUUCUGCAUUUUCAAUAAAUUUUCAGUUGUGUCUGAUUCUUCAUGACCUCAUUUGGGGUUUUCUUCGCAAAGAUAUUGAAGUAGUUUGCUAUUGCCUUCUCUACCUCUUUUUUAUAGAUCAAGAAACUAAGGCAAAUAGGGUUAAAUUGCUUGCCUAGGGUCAACUAAGUGUCUGAAGCUGGACUUAAAUUUAGUUCUUCCUUAUUCUAGGACUAUUAUUUUCUAUCCAUUGUGCCAUCUAGCUGCCCAGUAACCCUGGAAGUAGGUGCUAUUAUUAUUCCCAUUUUAUAGAUAAGAAAACUGAGGCAAAUAGAUUAAGUGAGUUUCCUUGAAUACUAUAACUCACAAGUAUCCGAGGCCAAAUUUGAGGGCUUCCUGCUUUCAGCAUUGGUGUUUUCUCCACUUCCCCACCUAGCUUCCCCUUUAGCUUUAAUUUGGCUAUAACUGUGUUUAAGACUCCAUACUUCUUAGGCUGUAGAUCUACAAUUGGAGGUUAUUAAAUCCAAGCUAUUCAUUUUUCAGGUGAGGAAACAGAGGCACAGUGUGGUUAAAUACUUAGCAAACUCAAUCUCAGGCUAGAAUAAGUUUGUUAUUUUGUAAAACUGCAUAUUGGAAUAUUAUUUAAGACUUUACUGCCCAUUUAUUGUAUAUUUCUUACAAUUGUAUUUUAUAGAUAGACUGUUUUUUGUCUAUAAGAAUAAUGCUAGAUUUGAAGAGGGAGGGAAAAGAGAUCCUCUUCCUUCUUGUAUUCUUAAUCACAAUAAACAACUCUGUGGUGAUGCUGCUGCUACUGAUGAUGACAUAAUGACAUACUUGAUGUGUCAUAGCAUUCAAUUUGUUUUCAGGAAGUACUUUUUUGAAAUUGAUGAAGUUAAAAUUUGAUAUCACUAUCGUGAUUAGACAGCAUUAAUUAUAUACAUGCAUAUAGCUCUGAUCUUGAUAACAUACAAUUUCUUCUCUCAAGAAUCUUGUUAAUUAAACUUGAUUUGGUAAGUUACCUUUAUGAGAUAUAACUGUAAAGUAAUAAAACUCUUUGCACAAA